AUGUUUCGACGCCUUUCGCUUUCGGAUAUUCUAUCUAGAACUCGAAGAUUCUCAAGAAAUGUGUCUUCGCCGCCAUUCACAAAGUACCAUCCACCACUAACUCAUGCUGUUCAUUUUGACAGUUUCAACAAGUGCAGCAAAAAGCAAGAUUGCCUAUUUCUUACAUCGAAUCCAGCUGUACUCGUCGACCCCUGUUUUCGACGUGGUAGCAUUUCGAGUCCAGCUUCAUCACUUUCAGGCUGUAGAUUUUGCACUUCAGAAGCUUUCGAAUCGGAGGAAACAUCCGGUAGUGAUUAUACAGAUAUGGUCUACAAAACAGUGAUGGAUUACUCCAAUCCCGAGUAUCAAAUGGAGGAGGCUCUUGAUAAGCUAGCCUUUAAAUUGACAACACCUGUGGUUGUAGAAAUUUUAGAAAGGCUCCGUUUCGAGGAAAAAAUAGCUUUCAGGUUCUUCAAUUGGGCGGGCCACCACGAACAUUACAGUCACGAGCCUGAUUCGUACAACAAGAUGAUCGACAUUCUUUCUAGUUCAGUCCCGAUCGAUGUACUGCUGACGAUUUUGAGAAAGUACACAGAGAAGCACUUGACGCAUCUCCAAAAGUUUGCGAAGAAGAAGAAGAUUAGGGUCAAGACACAACCCGAGAUAAACGCGUUUAACCUACUAAUGGAUGCUAUGUGCAAGUGCUGUCUUGUUAAGGAUGCUGAAGACAUGUUCAAGAGGGUGAAAAUAAAGGUGAAGCCAAAUGCCGACACGUAUAACAUAUUGUUUUUCGGAUGGUGUAGAGUGAGAAACCCUAGUAGGGCUAUGAGUGUGCUCGAAGAUAUGAUCAGCAUGGGCCAUACACCCGAAAGUUUCACAUACAACACUGCCAUUGAUACAUUUUGCAGAGCUGGAAUGUUGAGUGAUGCUACUAAGCUUUUGGAGUUCAUGAAAAAAAACGGCACGACUAUGUCUUCUCCCACUGCAAAGACUUACGCUAUUAUGAUGACUGCACUUGUUCAAAACGAUAGGCUCGAAGAAUGCUUUGGAAUCUUGAAAGAUAUGAUUGAUAGUGGAUGCCUUCCGGAUGUUUCUACGUACAAAGAACUAAUCGAAGGAAUGUGUUUGAGCGGAAAAAUCGAAGCAGCUUAUAAGUUUUUGGAAGAGAUGGGAAGAACAGGGUACCCACCGGAUAUCGUGACUUACAAUUGCUUUCUCAAGGUUCUUUGUGAUAACAAGAACAGAGACCAAGCGCUUGCGCUUUUCAAGAAAAUGGUGGAGGUGAACUGUGUGCCGAGUGUGCAAACGUAUAAUAUCUUGAUUGUGAUGUUUUUCGCGAUUGGUGAUAGUGAAGGUGCGUUCGAAACUUGGAGUGAGAUGGAGAGAAGGGGCUGUGCUCGCGAUACUGAGACGUAUUGUGUGAUGAUUGAGGGGCUGUUUGGAUGCGGUGAUAGUAGGAAAGAUGCUGUUUUGCUUUUGGAGGAAGUUAUAAACAGAGGUAUGAAAUUGCCGUAUAAGAAAUUCGACACCUUUUUGAUGAGGCUGUCUGAGAUUGGCGAUUUACGAGCUAUUCAGAGACUAUCGGAGCAUAUGAGGAAGCUGUACAAUCCUGCUAUGGCUCGUCGGUAUGCUUUGAGUCAGAAGCGUAAAAGUGUGAGCUUGAGAGAUAGGUGAGCUGGGUAGUUUCUUCAUGUGCACUACUUAUAAACAUUUAAUUUUGCCAGCUAAAUUUGAAA